GGAUGAACCUUCGGGAUGCAGAAACAGGGAAAAUCCUCUGGCAAGGAACAGAAGAUCUAUCUGUACCUGGAGUGGAGCAUGAAGCUCGAGUUCCUAAAAAAAUCCUGAAAUGCAAAGCAGUGUCUCGGGAGUUAAACUUUUCCUCAGCAGAACAAAUGGAAAAAUUCCGACUGGAACAGAAAGUUUAUUUCAAAGGGCAGUGUCUAGAAGAAUGGUUCUUUGAAUUCGGUUUUGUGAUUCCUAACUCCACAAACACUUGGCAGUCCUUGAUAGAGGCAGCACCUGAAUCACAGAUGAUGCCAGCUAACGUUUUAACUGGUAAUGUUAUUAUAGAAACCAAAUUCUAUGAUGACGACCUUCUCGUAAGCACUUCCAGAGUGAGACUUUUCUACGUUUGAGAUGGGGCUUUUUGGAGCUGUUUUAGUUUUCCUCCAUACAGUUCUUGGUGCAGAACCCCCCGACUAUCCAGUGGAAGACACUCCUGUAGGCGGUGACCCUGGGGACCAGCUCAACAUGGGUUGUGACCUUUGCCCAUCAGUUAUUUUGCUUUCUCCUCUGACAAGACCAGACCAAACCCUUAGAGACAGGACCGUCUGCUCAGCGAUGCACUGGGGAAUAGAGGCUGUCUCUGAACACGGGCAAACGAUGGUCAUGCAGAACCAAUACUGUAAAUUAUGUUAGUCACAUCCUUUGUACUUCUCUGGAUCCUGGUAUAAUCUCCCAUUUCCACUGACACCAAACUCGAUGCGUUUCAUUUUUGAGGGAUUAAGUUAACCCGUUCGUUUUUCUCAUGUUGUAGGUUUUUAUCCUUUCAAUGGAUUUCUGUGUAACUGGUCCACAGGUCCUCUUACCCUGAACUUGUAAAAUAGACUGUGAUAUCACCUAGUGUAAUUAAAACAAAUUUAUCAAUUAAAACAUUCCUACCGUCCAAAGAAGGGAA